CAUCUGCUGAUUGGACUCGCGCAGGUGUCCACCUUUGGUUGUUUUAACGGACAGCGCACCAUCCCAAAUUCACAUCAGGACGCACACGGCUCGUUCUUACACCAGAUCAUCUGAUCCACAGAAAACAGAGCGACCUAAUACGUCGGGAUCACUGCAGAUAUAUUGUUACACGGGUGUGACGAGGAAAAUGAGAAGAGGAUUGCUGCUGAUGACUCUGUUUGUCAUCAUGAAACUUCGGUACAGCCAGUCCAGAUGUGAGGAGCCCGGGUCGCGCAGAUCGUUGUCAGAUCUGCAGCAAACGACGGUCUUGGAUAGCCUGAAGAGGAACCUGCUGAAGAGGUACAGUGAUUUGGAUUAUGACAGCUUCGUGGGGCUGAUGGGCAGAAGAGAUGCAGCAGAUGCAGACGUGGUACAAUCACCACACAAAAGGGAAAUGAAUGAUAUUUUUGUUGGUCUGAUGGGAAAGAGAAACUCAGAUUCUGAUAACGGCUCCUGGAGGAGAGAAUACCCAGAGAGGAGAGGCAUUUUUCUUAACAAGUGCAGACUGAGGUUUCUUCACGGGCUGUAGAUGUUCAGAGUGAAACAACUUUACCAUCCGACUGCAUCCACAGAAUACCGAAACCGUGUGACAGUAACUUUGGAUCACAUGCUGUAAACCUGCCAGCUGGCUCACAAGUGACUCUAAAGAUUGUAUUCAUUUUAUCUGAUGACAAACAUAAUUUAAAGUGACAGCUGAUACAUUUUCUUUAUGUUUCUUCAAAGUGGAAAAAAAGAAAAUCCCCAUGAUUUUUUAAAAAAUAAAUAAUUUAUUAAGUAUA